AUGGAAAGCAACAAUUACAACUGUGAAUUUGGCUCUCCACCUAAGUACAGCGAGCGUGGCUAUGAGCAGCUGAAAGAAGAGAUGGAGACUCAGAAUCAACCGAUGCAGCACUUCCAAUCAACUGUGGUGACAAUAAUGCCAGAGGAGCCCCCUGUCCGAGAUCACAUUAUCUGGUCGCUCUUCAAUGCCAUGUAUAUGAACUUCUGCUGCCUCGGAUUCCUCUCGCCCUUAUAUUUUCCGUCAAGUCCCGGGACAGGAAGCUGCUGAGAGAUGUGAAUGCUGCAACCAGCUAUAGUUCCACGGCCCGUUCCUUAAACAUUGCCGCCACCGUUCUCUCUCUAUUUUGUUUUCAAUUGUCUUUAUGAUUGUAAUGAUAGUUGUAAGUUUGAACAAUCAAAAAACAGACCUUAGCUACAUAAAUGAGUACGGACAUGGAAAGUGA